CCUUCCUGGGUUAUCUCCCGGCACCGUCUGCUCCUCGGCCAGGCUCCGGAAGCCGGGGAUGGGGGUCCGGCGAGGCAGGAAGCCCAAAGCCACAGCCCAGAGCAGCCCGAGCGCAGCCAUGCGGGGGUGCCUGCUCCUGUGGCCCCUGGUGCUGGGGCUCGGCCCGGUGGGCGGCACUCAGACCCCCAGCGUCUACGACGAGUUUGGGAGCACCGGAGGAGGCAGUGACGGCCUGCUGGGGCCCACGGAGGCCACGGCGCCCCCGUUCCCGGGCCGCCCCCUCAGCUUCCCAGGACAGGUCUGCGCCAACGACAGCGACACGCUGGAGCUCCCAGACAGGUCGCGGGCGCUGCUGCUGGGCUGGGUGCCCACGAGGCUGGUGCCCGCCCUGUACGGGCUGGUCCUGGCGGUCGGGCUGCCCGCCAACGCGCUGGCGCUGUGGGUGCUGGCCGCGAAGAUGCCGCGGCUGCCGUCCACCCUGCUGCUCAUGAACCUGGCAGCCGCCGACCUGCUGCUGGCCCUGGCGCUGCCCCCGCGGGUCGCCUACCACCUGCGGGGCCAGCGCUGGCCCUUCGGCGAGGCCGCCUGCCGCCUGGACACAGCCGCGCUCUACGGCCACAUGUACGGCUCCGUGCUGCUGCUGGCGGCCGUCAGCCUUGACCGCUACCUGGCCCUGGUGCACCCUCUGCGGGCCCGUGCCCUGCGUGGCCAGCGCCUGGCCGCCGGGCUCUGCACCGCCGCCUGGCUCACGGCGGCCGCCCUGGCGCUGCCCCUGGCCCUGCAGCGGCAGACCUUCCGGCUGUCACGCUCUGACCGCGUGCUCUGCCACGACGCGCUGCCCCUGGCCGCCCAGGCCUCCCACUGGCGGCCGGCCUUCACCUGCCUGGCGCUGCUGGGCUGCUUCCUGCCGCUGCUGGCCAUGCUGCUGUGCUACGGGGCCACCCUGCGCGCCCUGAGCGCCGCCGGCCAGCGCUACGGCCACGCCCUGAAGCUGACCGCGCUGGUGCUGGCCUCGGCCCUGGCUUUCUUCGCGCCCAGCAACGUGCUGCUGCUGCUGCACUACUCGAACCCCAGCCCGGAUGCCUGGGGCGACCUCUACGCCGCCUACGUGCCCAGCCUGGCACUCAGCACCCUCAACAGCUGCGUGGACCCCUUCCUCUACUACUACGUGUCGGCCGAGUUCAGGGACAGGGUGCGGGCGGGGCUCUGCUGCCGGCCACUGGGGGGCACUGUGGCCUCCAAGGCCUCCGGGGAGGGGGGCGGCCGCACCACGGGCACGCCCCCCUCCUCGCUCCUGACAGCCCUCCCAGGGGGAAAGGAGGGGAGGGUUGAACUGGGUUGA